AGCGUCGAGAACACAGCCGGCACCGGCAUGCGCCAGCAACCUAGUGCCUAGUGCAGCCUGGACUUCGGAGUAACUUCGCUGCUUCGGGGUGCAGCCGCCUCCACUCUACAAACUGAAUGUAGGGGCAAGGAGGAGGCGGACCUCCUGUAUAGAGGAUUGGCCGAUCGCAGUGUAGCGGCGCAGCCACCCUCUUGGCCUGGAACGCCUGGAGAACCGUAGGUCUGCCGUCUCGUCCGCUGCGAUCCAGUUCCGACUCUGCGACCAAUUUUCAGCGCGAAAGCACUGCGAGAUGGCGGCUCAGGAGGACGAUGACGCCCUCCACUGGCUGCGAUCUCUCUGCGAAGAAGGCCGCUUCGUCCCGACGGACUGCGACUCCGACACCCCCGCCGGCCCUCCGGAUGGCUUCGACUCGGCCAAGUUCGCUCGCGGCCAGCGCGUCGCCAUGGACAACAUCUUCAGCCUGGCGUACGCCGAGCUCGUGUCCAUGCUCAUGAUGUUCGCCUUCGAGGACCAGACGGUCGCCCUGCUGUCGACGGGCAAGUCGGACACGCCCUCCAAGGCGUACUUCAGGUACUUGUCCACGAUGCGGAGGGUCCGGUCGUGGUACGAGGGCGACAUCUGGGACCCCAAGUCGGCCGCCUGCAAGAACAUCAAGUCCGUCCGCGGCAUGCAUGACCUGGUGGCGCGGCGCCUGGCCGCCGACCCGACCAGCGCCACCUGCCCCAGCGGCCUCAGCCUCCACGUGCGCGCCAGCUGCCCCCUGGGCCCCGCCGACGGGGCGUCCGCCUGGGCCGCCGUCGACAGCGAGGAGCCCCCGGUCCUGAACCAGCGCGCCAUGGCCGUCACCCAGGUGGCGUUCGUGGGGCUGUUCAUCUUGGCGCCGGGCUGCUUCGGCGCGCACUGCGUCACGGAGGACGACCUGGAGGCCCUGGUGUACGUGUGGUGGGUGCUGGGCGGGGCGCUGGGCGUGCAGGACCGCUACAACGCGUGCGGCGGAUGGAAGGAAAACAUUCAGGAGAAGAAAACUUUGGCACAAAAUAAUAAGAUCAAGCUCAGAACAAAUCCAGAGAUCAAGUCAUAUACGAAAAACAAACAUAUUGAAAACUAA